AUGAUGACGAGGUCGUUUCCAGCCGAACUCCAGCCUGGCCAGCAAGCGGAGGUAGACGCAAUGGUGGACAACCUGCUGCACUGGAUUCAGGGGUUGUACCAACAGAAGAGUAGGAAAGCGCGACAGUACUUCGGUGGUAAGCCCGAAAGACCGAGGCCGUUCGAGCCGCCGUCCUACCUUCCGCCCGUUGGCUAUCCACCAGCUGGCUCACGUCCUACUCCCUCGUACAGCGAGGGCCCUUCAGCGAGUCCAGGCUAUCAGCCAAGUUCGCCCGCCCCGAGCCAGCCGCCGUACCAGUCUAGCCAAACGGACCAGUCACUUUACAUACCCAGUAAGCCCUCCCAGCAAAGCUUCCCGUCAAGUCAACCCACCCAAUCUUAUCAACCGAGUCAACCUUCACCGUCACCGUUCCCAUCUAGCCAGUCUUACGAGCCGUCUUACCAACCAAGUGCAUCACCCUCAUAUCAACCGAGUCAGCCCUCUUCUCCGUCCUAUCAACCUAGUCCGUCAGAUUCAUCCUAUCAGGGCCAGUCAACUCAGCCCGCUUAUCAGCCUUCGCAGCCAUCUUAUCAACCGUCGCAGCCCAGUUACCAGCCUAGUCAGCCAACCUCGCCGCCGUACCAACCUAGUCAACCAAACAUACCUGACGAGACGACUCUGCCACCAUACGAAACUCCGCAGCAAGGACCGCAAACUGAUUCAUCAAACCCUGACGCUGACAAUAGCGCGCAGUCCCCGUCACCAUCCUCGCCAGAUGAAGAAGAUCGCCACCCUCCCCAUAUUCAUGCAAUUACAGUAGACUGCGGCAAGGAAAUGAUGACCAUAAACAUCGAAUUUAACAAAGUAUACAACGGGAUCAUUUACUCUCAAGACCAUUACAGCGACUCGGAAUGCGUGUAUGUACGAGAGAAUUCGAACCAGAUCAAAUACUCUUUCACUGUCAGCUUGAACACGUGCGGCACCAGAUUCUUCAGUGACUUUGAAAACGAGGGCCAGGCUUACUUGGAGAACGUAUUGGUAUUGCAGAACGAGCCGGGAAUCCAAGAGGUUUGGGAUCACAUUCGCAGAGUGAGAUGUUUAUGGGAGGGCAAUUUGACCAAGCAAUUGGUGUCGUCACUGAGUGUCGGUAUGUUGAAUCAGAUUACAAGCAACUUUAGCGGUGAUACGGCCAUGGCUCGAUUAGAUAUUCAGACCGGCAAAGGUCCCUUCGCGCCAGAAGCCAAUGGACUAAUCAAGAUAGGAGAGACAAUGACGUUAGUUGUAUCGGUGACAGGGGACGCCGGAUUCGAUAUAUUCGUCAGAGAGUGCAUUGCGCGCGAUUCUGGAAAUCGUCAUGUCGUUCCCUUAACUGACAGCAAUGGUUGCGUUCUGAAACCCAAGCUGUUUGGUUCAUUCCAGAAGACCAGAGACACGGGAAAUACCGGUGCUUCGAUCAUAGCGUACGCUUACUUUAACGCUUUCAAGUUCCCCGACGAAAUGGAUCUUAUUAUCCAGUGCGAGGUGGAACUCUGCAAGACGGAUUGCGAAGCAUGUCCCAACCCAGGUAGUACGGAACCAAGGCGGCGGCGUCGAGACGUCAUUCACAUCGGCAACCGCACAGUAGACCCCGUUACCACCAUAGGAAAAGGCUUGAGGGUAGUGUUUGCCGAAGACCUGCCACAGGAGAAUCCAGGGUUCUGCAUCUCGCAGCUGGCAGCAAUGUGGGGCGGUUUCCUUGUCCUCGUUGGCUCUUUGAUAAGCAGCCUCGCAGUGACAAUUUGCUGGCAAAGAUCCCGUGGAUCUAUGAAGUUUUCU